UCCGUCUGUCAGCGUGCGUCUCGCGCCAUCUUUAUUUUGGGCACAUGGUCUGAAAACCAAUCUGGUUUAUGGCUAUUAAAGAACGAGAGACAGCGUGAAACUUCAUAUCGUUGUCGGCAAUUAUAAAGAACCUGAGGUGUUGGCUCUGGAAGCUGGAUUGCAGUUUCCCAUUAAAGAACAGAACACUAGGGAACUUGAGCAUGUGGCAAUUUCAUAGUUGCAUGAAUACCAACGAGUAAUAUAAGUCAUGGGAUCACUAAGAUCAUUGUCGUCAUCAUGUCGGGCACUGCUGGUUGGCAGGAGGAUUUUGGCUCGUGUUACAUCUGUUCCAUAUAGACUAUAUCAGCCCGGUGAUCAGGCCACAAAAGAUGCUGUUGAAGAUGUAAUUGCCCAAAAGGGGGUGCAGAAGAAUUUUGUCCUAAAAACACCAAAGGGCACACAUGAUGUUCAUCCCAAACAAAUGGCAAUCCGGGAGAGAAUUCUCUCCACAGUUGUGGAUUGCUUUAAGCGUCAUGGAGCUGAAACUAUUGACACUCCUGUGUUUGAACUGAAAGAAACACUGACUGGAAAAUAUGGAGAAGAUUCGAAACUGAUCUAUGAUCUGAAGGACCAGGGCGGAGAGCUGCUGUCAUUGCGCUAUGACCUAACUGUGCCAUUUGCUCGCUUCCUGGCCAUGAACAAGAUCACCAAUAUAAAGCGCUAUCACAUUGGCAAGGUCUAUCGGAGGGAUAAGCCAGCCAGAGGACGCUACAGAGAAUUCUAUCAGUGUGACUUUGACAUUGCUGGGCACUAUGACCCCAUGAUUCCUGAUGCCGAGUGCUUGAAAAUUGUGCAUGAGAUACUCACAGAACUGCAGCUGGGGAACUUUUGCAUCAAGGUGAAUGACCGGAGGCUUCUCAUUGGAAUACUUACAGUCUGUGGUGUGCCUGAGACCAAGUUCAGAACAGUGUGCACUUCAAUUGACAAGCUCGAUAAGAUUCCUUGGGACAGCGUCAGGAGGGAACUGAUUGAAGACAAGGAGCUGAAAGCUGAGACUGUAGAGCAAAUUGGCAAAUACAUCAGACUUAACGGUGGGCUGCCUCUGCUAGAACAUCUAUGGGCUGACUCUAAGCUUUCCCAGAAUAACCUGGCAAUGGAGGGGCUGCGAGACUUGAAGCUGCUAAAUAAGUACUCCGAAAUCUUUGGUGUGACAGACAAGAUUGUCUAUGACUUGGGUUUGGCCCGUGGUCUGGAUUAUUACACUGGAGUGAUAUAUGAAGCAGUGCUGCUCCGGAAUCCAGGAGGACCCCCUGUUCAGCAGAAUGGGCAUUCAGAAGAAUUUGGCAGUGUUGCUGGUGGGGGGCGCUAUGAUGGCUUGGUGGGGAUGUUUGAUCCUAAGGACCGGGCAGUACCAUGCGUGGGGCUCAGUAUAGGGAUUGAAAGAAUAUUCACACUUUUAGAAAACAAAUACAAGAAUUCCAAGGAGAAAGUCCAAACUACUGAAACUCAGGUCCUGGUGGCAUCAGCUCAGAAAUAUUUCCUAGAAGAGAAGAUGAAGCUUAUUGCAGCCCUGUGGAAUUCUGGGAUCAAAGCUGAAAUGUUUUACAAAGAGAACUCAAAGUUUCUGAGCCAAUUAAAUUACUGUGAAGAGAGAGGAAUCCCGUUGGUGGCCAUCAUUGGGGAGCAGGAACUGCAAGCUGGGGUGGUGAAGCUGAGAAAUGUAGCAACCAGGGAAGAGAUGGACAUCUCCAGGGAAAAUGUUAUAGAAGAAAUCCGGAAGCUUACAAGACGGCAGUGAUAAUGCUCCAAAUGUCCAGCUCCUUGCACACACAAUUUUCUUUUUAUAUGUGUAUAAAACAAACAAUUAUGAAAUAAAAUAUUUUGCAACAGA